AUGUCGGCGUCCUUCACCGGUGUGUCUGUCGUCUCCGGCACCGGCGAGCUGUGCCCUUGCGCCGAGUUGUUGGCCGACACCAACGCGGACUAUGGGUACCACCUGCUCGUGGUCCAAGACUACACCGCCACCAAGAGAGCGACACCCACCGGCCAGAGCAUCAACUCGCACGAGGACGACGACGAUGAAGACGAGACUGUGGAGGCCAAGUUCAGUUUUAGUUUCAUCGACCAGGUCGAGAAGCACAAGCCAGUGUACAUUCGUGGAACUAAGACCUACAGGUUCUCCCGCAGUGAGACGUCCCAGGGCACCGACAAGUUCACAAGGAAAGAUGUCCUUGAACAAUCACGUAAUAUGAAGUGUGAUGGUUUCACCAUCCGAUGCGAUGUCCUCGUUUGCAACACCGAGGUUGCCGCCAUCCUUUCUCAUGAUAUAUGUCAGCAUUUCAACAAUCUUCUUCAAACCAAGGUGGGUGCCGACGUGAUGUUUGACGUCAGCGGCGAGAUGUUUGCUGCACACCGGUGUGUGCUUGCUGCCCGAUCAACAGUCUUCAUGGCGCAACUAUUUGGCCCCAUGAAGGAAGGCACCAGUAUGUCUAGCGUAAUACAAAUCUGGGAGUAUUUGACCAGGACUAAUCCCUCUGUUUUGAACGAGCUCAUUACCAAGCUUGCUUCGAACCAGCGUAAAUAG